AUGCUCACCGGUCCUAGCCAAUAUCUUUCCAUCCACUUCCCCAGCCCGACAACCGUCAGCUUCACCGUUUCCACCAGACAACCGUAUCCGCAAGCCUGGUCGACAACAAGAACCUCUUCCUAUUCAUACUUCCCCAAUGUCCCUAUUUUCACCCUCAUCAAGCACGCGCUACGAAUCCUUCUCACCUUGUGCAUGCUCCUCAUUAAUCUGACGAAAGUCCAGACAGACGGCCAGCCCUCAAGACUUGACGCGUACGCGGAUUUCGGGCUACAGCUCAGUUUGCUCGGCGGGACCAUCAGAGCAAUUGCCGAACGGACAGAAUGGUGGGUCCUGGCACCGGUGAGCUUGGGGAUUGUCUGGGCGUGCUUGAGGAGGGACUAUGUCGAAGAAUCCCUCUUAGUCCUCCAAGGUCUCGGAAUCCAGACGUCCACGUCCUCUCGCUACUUCUUCACUGGCGCAACGACGACAUUCAUCCCGACCACGCAGAUCCAGGAUAUUGUCAUACAUGAAGCCUUCAAAGGGCUUGAAGUGCGGUUCUACUUGGCGGUGAUAGUCGAGGGGGCUACGGAGGUGGUGGUUGUCUUCCCUACUCUCCUCCCACGGCGGGAGAUUCUCGAGGAAGUCUGGCGAGGAUCUCGGAAAUGCUUGUAUUCAGGCAUCCGGUGA